AUCCAGAAUACACUUCCACCAAGUUAACUGGCCGGUUCAGCUUCUUCUGAGAGCUUCUGUAGAAGAUAUGAUUCUCCACUUGCCUCUGGAUCUCUACCUCUUACUCAUCACAGUUUCUUCCAACCUUGGCAUUGCAAUCAAAAAGGAAAAGAGACCUCCUCAGACCCUCUCAAGAGGAUGGGGAGAUGAUAUCACUUGGGUACAAACUUAUGAAGAAGGUCUCUUUCAUGCUCAAAAAAGUAACAAGCCACUGAUGGUUAUUCAUCACUUGGAGGAUUGUCAAUAUUGCCAAGCACUAAAAAAAGUAUUUGCCCAAAAUGAAGAAAUACAAGAAAUGGCUCAGAAUAAUUUCGUCAUGCUGAAUCUCAUGCAUGAGACUACUGAUAAGAAUUUAUCACCUGAUGGGAAGUAUGUGCCUAGAAUCAUGUUUGUGGACCCUUCUUUAACAGUUAGAGCUGACAUAACUGGAAGAUACUCUAAUAGGUUGUAUACAUAUGAGCCCCAAGAUUUACCAGUAUUGAUUGAAAACAUGAAGAAAGCACUAAGACUUAUGCAGGCAGAGUUAUAAGGGAUGACAGAAAAAUGCCUUUGCUUCUAAGAGGUCAAAUGUUUUGAAGUAAACCUCUGGCUUGUUGACAAAUACUAAAUAUGCAAGUUUAUAUAUUUUAUAACAUUAGUAUUUAGAUUUUUAAAUGUGUUUGUAAUAUUCUUAUGAAGAUAAAAUGAUAUUU